GCGGAAUGCGGGUGGGAAAAAAUACGGCAGCUGUCUGCCCCGUCCCCUCCAUUGUUUGAGGUUUCGGUGAAGGGAUUGACAGAUACCGCAUGUACCACUGGAAUAAUACUGAUAUAGGGUAACGGUGUGUGUGUGUGUGUGUGUGGGCACCACCUGUCGUUGCAGGAGCAGGAUGUGAUGCCACAGCCAUAGCUGCUCCCGUAUUCUGUCCAGCACUGUGUUUGCGAGUGGGGGGGAAGCGCCUCCCACUCUGCGGACGGGGACAUGUUUGAAGUCAAACCCCGGGCGGUGGAGAAGAAAGAAUCCAGCACUGAGACAGAUGAGGGGCUGGGCAGCACCGGGAAGCACUACGGCUCCGGCUCACUGGGCUCUGGUUCAGCCGGCUCCGGGUCUGUCUACCUGUCAGACAGCCAGGACUGGGUGGUUUCCCCGAGCUGCUCCCCGGAGGAAGGCUCCGGCCAACACAACGCCAUCUCCCCCAUGCUGGCAGAGGAGACUUUCCGCUACAUGACGUAUCUUGCUUUGGAGCCCUCCUCUUAUUCCCACCCCGGCUCUCAGAGCCUCUCCAAAGUCCUCAGUGCCGAUCGCGUAGAGCAGAUGACCAAGACGUACAAUGACAUUGAAGUGGUCACGCACCUUUUGGCCGAGCGGGACAGAGACUUGGAGCUGGCAGCUCGGAUCGGUCAGUCGCUUCUACAGAGGAACCACCUGCUGCAGGAACGCAAUGAGGCCAUAGAGGAACAGCUAGCACAGGCCCUGGACCAGGUUCACCAGCUGCAGCAUGAGCUCAGUAAGAAGGACGAGUUGCUGCGGAUGGUGGCCAGCGCCUCCGAGGAGAGCGAGACCGACUCCAACGUGUCCACGCCGCUGCGGCAGCCUCAGCAACCAGGGGCGGCCGCCGCUGCCGCUGCUCUCAGCCAGCUGGAGUGUCUGCAGAGCAAGCUGCAGGACUUGGAGGAGGAAAACCUGUUGCUGAGGUCUGAGGCCUGCCAGCUGAAGAGAGACACCAUCACCUAUGAGGAGAAAGAACAGCAGCUAGUGAGCGACUGUGUCAAGGAGCUCCGCGAGUCCAACACGCAGAUGGUGUCUCUGACAGAUGAGCUGUCUCAGAAGAACGAGGAGCUGCUCAGACACCAGGAGGAGAUCGCUCAGCUGCUCUCCCAGAUAGUAGAGCUGCAACACAGAGUGAAGGAGCUGGCUCUGGAGAAAGAGGAGCUGAGGAUCCACCUGCAGGCCUCCAAAGAUGCUCAGAGACAGCUCACAGCAGAGCUGAACGAGUUGUCGGAGAGGAAUAUCGAGUGUGUAGAGAUGCUCCAUGAGUCCCAGGAGGAGAUUAAAGAACUUCGCAGUAAAAACGCUCCAUCCACCGGGAUGAGAAGGCACCUUUCCUACGGCCUCUACCCCAUGGACUCCCUGGCAGCAGAGAUCGAGGGCACCAUGAGGAGAGAGCUGAGUGUAGAUGAAGAGACAGCCUUUGAGAACCAAAGAGAUUCCCAGAAGCGAGUUUUCCAGACAGUCCGCUCCAUCAACGCCUCAACAUCGCGGCCAGCUUCAGCCACCCCUCCUAUCCCCGGCUCAGGACAGAGCUCUCUAGUGAUGACCGCACAGCCCUUCCUGUCUGCUCAGGGAGAGGAGGUGCGAAUCGGCCAGCCGGGCUCCCCGGGUGGAAACGACCUCACCAGAGCCCUCCAUCGCUUGUCGCUGCGGCGACAGAACUUCCUGUGUGAGCGGCAGUUCUUCCAAGCUGAGCGCGAGAAGAAGCUACAGGCCCUGUCAGGGGUGGAGGCGGACGGGGACGGCAGCAGCUGCGGCUCACCGAUGAGCAGCGUCCUCUCCUUCUCCAACCUGUCGGAACUCUCCAUCAGCUCCAGCGUUUUCAAGACCUUCCUGCCUGAGAAGCUUCAGAUCGUCAAACCCAUGGAAGGCUCACUGACGCUCCAUCACUGGCAGCAGCUGGCCAAACCGCACCUAGCCACCAUCCUGGACCCCCACCCCGGGGUGGUGACCAAGGGUUUCCGCCCACUGGCUCAGGAUGCAGUCUACCGCCUCUCUGACAUGGAGGAGGACGAGGAGGUUGAAGAGUACAGAGAGAGAGGGUCCAGUGUUCUGGAGAAGGGGGCGGCAGAGCGGGGUAAAGAGGAGGAAGAUGAGGAAGAGGAGGAAGGCGGGAUCACCUUCAAGGUGCGCUGUUCGUCUACGCCGGAGGAGAGGAAAGACAGAAAGCAUUCGGUGUCGCCGCUUCCUGCGCCUCCUCUCUCCCCCACCCUGCCGACGUCAUCUGGGACACCUGCCGCUACCUGCUCGGUCAGAGCAGACCCCUGCGUGACCCCCGGACCCCGCCAUGUCACAGAGAAAUCCAGCCUAUCAUCUCAACCCAUUCCAGUAGUCACUACAGCAACGGUCCAAUCACAGAGUCAAAUUUGCACCUUGACAUCAACAACAACAACAACAACAUCUUCCUCUGUCCAAAACCCAGGCAAGUGUCAGAGCAUCACCUUCUCCACCUACACCUUCACAACCUGCCGCAUCCUGCACCCUAGUGACGUCACACAGGUCACCCCGAGUUCCCAGUUGUCUCUCAUGGCCAACACACCCAGCUCCAUGAGGACAGGUCCCAGUACCCCCGUGACUCCCUGCAGACUGAGUCUGGGGGAUUCCUUCCCCCCUCGACGCGUCUCUGCGCCUGUCAGCAGCCUCACCAAGCUGGUCCUGGAGAGGGGCAUUUCUGCACAAGUCUCCACUGACACCCCACCUUCAUCUCCGAGACCCACAACCCGGCAGCCCCUCUUCCACCUUCUCCCAAGCACACCUCCUAACUCCCCCUCGCACUCACCCGUUCCCUCCCCUGUGCCCAUGGACACCCGCCAUCACCCAGCUGACAAUUUCUUAGCGUCGCGGCCGGCAGAGCUUUUCCUCCAGGACGUUUACGGGUUGAAUCUGGGCCGCGCCCCACAUCCUGACCUACCGAGCCCCUCCCAGGAAACCCCAGCGCUCGCCCCGCCCCCCAAGUCAGGCCGACCCAGGCUCGACUCGGCCAACGUCGGCCUGGUGGAAAGGCUACGGCGGCUGGGAUUCACCAAGGUGCUCCAGGGUGCAGACUCCGAGGCUCCAAUGCCACGGCAGGAUUCUGCCACCUUUGUGUCAGCAGGCGGAGGCAGCUUAUUGGACGGCCUGAGGCGCAACCAGAGUCUCCCUGCCAUGAUUGGUGCUGGUGCACGAGCCGGAAAGUCAGCCGGAAACCCAACACUUCCUCCUUCUCACCCGACCUCCCUGGCCCUCCCCCCACCACCCUGGCACCGACAUCUCACCUCCGUCUCCCAUCACCCCCCGCCUGGUUCAGCUAAACGCUGAUUGAAAGAGGGGGAUAGACUCCAGAACAUGAACCUCCUCCUUCUACGCCUCCUUUACACCUCCAUCCCCUUCUUCCCUCCCUCAUCUCUCCUCCUUUCUGCCUUUGGAGAGAGUUGUCAGGGGAUCCGGUGGGCAGAAAAAUCCCUCCUUUUUAUGACUUCAUUUUAAAGCACAAUUUAAUUGAACUGACUGUUUUUAGCGAUACCGCAGUGUCUACGUGUGUAGGUGUUUGCUAGUUAUUAAGGCCUUAGCUUGCCUCUAAGUGGGUUAUUCAGCUCUCAGUACAUUCUGGUAGUGUAUGAAUCUUUUGGUUCAGUAGUUUUGCCGUGAGGCUCUGGAUGUUCAGGCACAGGUAGAGGAGAUGGAGAGAUGGCAACAUGUAAGUGGACGAAGGUAUGCGGAUGUGGAUUAGAAAAGAACAGAGUUAAGAAAAAAGGCAUGAAAGGAACUAAAAGCAUGGUCUCUGCAUGUUUAUUCAUGUCAGAAGAGAAAGUAAGUGGAGGAAGGUAAAGCUGAAGAAAGAAAGGCCGAGCAUCCAGAGUCUUGCUAUUUCAAGGGCUUGUUCUGCAGUGGGUUGGGAAGGUAAUCAUGGUAGCCGACCGUGCCCGCAACACAGUGGAUGGUUUAGUGUAAGAUGAAGUGCUAGCUGGCUAGUCCUACAACAACACACAGCAUACUGCCAGGCUAACCUUGUAGUCAGACCAUUCCCCUAACAUGCCAGUAUUAAUAUUCUAAUGAUUUUUACAGUAGAGCAUUGUUGCACGGGUGUCCAUGUGCUGUUCCCCUCCCCGCCUCCUGCAAGCGUCUACGUCUGCAUGACAUGUCCAAAGCCACCUGCGAGUCGCCUACAGGUCCCAGCAUGCACCUGUCGGCAGACGGGCGGGGCCAGGCUGAAGGCGAGGUCAGAACCAAAUCAGACGCUGGGAAAAUAGGUCUGCCUUUUCCUUCAGGUCCUUGUUUUUUGUGUGUUUUUAAUGGUCAGAGGCCUUAAGUAGAAGCCAGCACUGUUCUGAUUUGUGUUCAAAUGUUUGUAUAUAUUAGUUGCACUCAGUGGGAUUUGAAAGUUUUUUGAGGAUCACUGCUUGGUUGAAAAUUUCACCACAUUGAGAGGCUCAGUGGGCCUUUAAAAGAAAAACAGCAAUUGUGUCAUUUAAAUUUCAGCCACCAUGCUUAUCUCAGGCCCAUGAUGGAUGUUCAGGUUCAGUCCGUUAAGAGGGAAGACCACUGGCACAUUUUAGUUGUAUAUCACAUCCAGGUUUAUUAUAAGUUUUCUAUGUUUAAAAUUUGUCUCGGGGCUAUUUCAGAGUGUGGUAUUCCUGUAGGAAAGUUCAUACUACAGGCACCUUUUAAAAUAUAAGGAAGCUUAGAUCUUUGUGCUUGAUCCCUGUGACCUUUCAACCUUCAGUGCUGCUGUCCUUAACAUCCGUCACUCCAACCACACUCCCCCACAGUUACUGCACUUUUACUUUCAUAUUUAUCCUUUGUUUUACAGACAUCACUAUUUGAAGUAUAUAGAUUCUAACAUUCUAAUAUUAAUGAGAAAUUAAGUUUAGUCAAAUGUGUGCCUGUUAUUCAAGGCUUUAGUAACAACGUCAACUAACAUUUUGUCAUAAGAUUUUAAUAUAUAUGUAGCAUUUGCAGUUUUUUUUUUCCUUUGCAGAUAUUGAAGCCCACAAAAGGGAAUCCAAAUCUGUUAAUCAAGCCAAAAGUAUUAUUUUUUAUUUUUAAAGAAAUUGAAUAAUCUGGCUUACAAAUGUGUAUACGUGAUGCAUUUUGUGGUUUAUAACAUAUGUAACAAUUUAAGAAGAGCUUCAUUUUAAUGUUUGUAGGAUUGGAGAGAAGAAGAAGGAAGGAAGGCACAUUCAGACUGUUAAUAUCUUUAGUUGUAGUUGUCAGAUCCACUCCGCUCCUGUAAAGCCCUGUGCUCUUUGAUGUCACAUGGUUAUGAGUUAUGCAGAAGGAGGUUCAGGUUUGGAUAAAAUAUAAAAUGUCCCGUGACUUCUUCAUGCCUCCCCCCUAAGAUCAUGAUCCUCUGUAAACUACUCAUGGCUAUUAUUCAGUUGCCUCUUUUUUUUAAAAUAAAGCGAUGGAAAAUGA